CGCCUUUGUCAGUAGAAGCGGAACGGUCGGCGUGGCUCGAUAGCGCUCGCCGCUCGGCUCUCGCAUGGUAGCUCUUGACAGUUCUUCUUUUUUGUGCGACCAGCCCGUCAGUCGGUUGAUCACGUAAUCGCUCCGAGCAUCACGAGGAAGGUGAAGAAAUGCUAAUUGCUCGCAUGGCGCAUCCGGGUUAAGCGUGGCGUGAGAGAACGGCUCGUGUAGUUGGUUGCAAUAUUAUCCACACCGGUGAUUCUUUCUCCUUUUUUCUUGUUUUCUCCCUCACUUUCUCUUUCUCCCCUCCUUCUCUCUCUCUCUCUCUCUCUCUCUCUCUCUCUGUCUCUCCAAUCACCUGCACAUGCAUGGGUCCCGGCUUGUCGAUUACCGCAUCCUCGUUGUGCACUGGCGACAAUCGUCUCACCGCACACGUGUACUCAUCGAGCACCGACCGUCCUGGACACCACAUCCCAAUCAGACAUGACCAACGAUAGACGGUCGUGGUUCCGCGGCGUUCGAAGCAGUAAGUUUCGACACGUUUACGGCGUGCCAGCCAAGAGGGAGAAAUGCUACGACAACAUCAAGAUCACCAAAAACGCCCAUGACUCGCAAUUCUGCGCCGUAAAUCCCAAGUUCCUGGCCGUUGUGACGGAGGUUGCGGGUGGCGGAGCGUUCCUUGUAUUAUCAUUGGAUCGUACCGGACGACUUGACUUCAACGCCAGCCGAGUAACUGGACAUACCGGUCCCGUUUUGGACAUCAAAUGGAAUCCAUUCAACGAUAAUAUUAUCGCGUCCUGUUCCGAUGAUUGCACUAUAAAGUUGUGGCAUAUACCUGAUGGCGGAUUGUCAAGGAAUUUGACCGAAUGGCUGGUGGAGUUGCAAGGGCACAAACGACGUGUCGCUUAUAUCGAAUGGCAUCCAGUAGCUGAGAAUGUGCUUUUUAGCGCAGGCUUUGAUCAUCUUGUUAUCGUGUGGGACGUGAAUAGAUGCGAGGCAGUGAGCGUUAUCGAUAGACAUCCUGAUGUGAUUUAUAGCAUGUCCCUAAAUCGUGACGGCAGCUUAUUGGCGACCACUUGCAAGGAUAAGAAAUUGCGUGUUUUUGAACCAAGGUCCGGUAUCGUAGUUUCGGAAGGGGUAUGUCACGCUGGCACGAAAGCUAGCAAGGUAGUAUUUCUUGGCAGUUCUGGACGUCUUUUGACUACUGGAUUUAGCAGACAUUCGGAUCGACAAUACGCGAUAUGGAGUCAACAUGACCUAACUGUUCCAUUAACGUGUGAAACAAUAGAUUCAUCCAGCGGAGUGGUUUUUCCAUUUUACGAUAAUGAUACCAACAUGGUGUUUUUAGCUGGAAAGGGUGAUGGUAACAUUCGAUAUUAUGAAGUGGUUAACGAAGCGCCCUGGGUGCAUUUUCUCAGUCAAUUUAUAUCGGGAAAUCCUCAGAGAGGAUUGGGGAUAAUGCCGAAAAGAGGCAUUAAUACCUCUUUAUGCGAGGUAUUCAGAUUUUACAAGUUACACGCGACUCGUGGAAUGUGUGAGCCGAUCUCGAUGAUAGUACCACGAAAGAGUGAUCAAUUUCAAGAAGAUCUAUAUCCUGAUACAAUUGGAACGUGUCCCGCAUUAUCGGCCAGAGAUUGGAUCAGUGGCAUGAAUAGCCCGCCAAUCUUAAUCUCUCUUAAAACAGGUGGGAGUAUCUCUACGCAUAAGCCACGAGUGUACAAACCGCCGCAAUUGCCUGCGACUACUGAUCUAAAUAACAAAAAGAAAUUUGCGUUCCUGUCUACGGAAACGAUACCAGAUUACAGACCGGUGGAAUUACACGAUAUGUCGGAAAAAAGCCAAAAAACAUCCAGCAAUCAAAGCACAAAGUUUCAACAACUUCAGCAGAAGUUUGGAAAUGUUACUGUACAGAAGAAUAUUAUAUCGUCUUCGCUUAAUGACAAUAAAGUUAUGGAGACUGUGGACGUUCCAAAUAAUGAAGCAGAACUUCGUUUGGCAUUGGCUCGUCAAACUGACGAAUUGAGACUGGUACGACGGCAGCUCGCUAAUAGCCAACUGCGUGUUAAGGAAUUAGAGGACCAAAUACGAAAAUUUCAGCGUCAAUAAAAUUUAUAAAUUUGCUUCGACAUCUGCUUUGAACAAGACAACUUAUAGCUUUACUACUACACGUGACUAUCAAACAAUACUUAAAGUUUCUAGAGUAUUUACGCACCGCUAAUAAUGAUAAAGAGCCUAAGUUUAUGAGAACUUUUAACAUGCUUAGGGGAUUUUAGCUUUGUCGUAUUUAUACACAAAGAAAUAUUUGCACACAAUAAUUUUUACUAACUUUUCUUAGAAUAUCUACAAUUUUUAUGUAGAAUAAAAUUGUCGCGUUAAUCACAAGGGAACAGAAACAGUAAGCUGCAUUUGUUACAUAAAAAUUGUACCUGUUUACGCACAUACUUAGAUGCGUAAGUCGGAUAUUAAGAAGUUAAGAGAAACACAAUACCUUUAAACAAAUGACGGCGUAAUA